AUGACUGACAAUGAAGGACAGAAUGGCCCAGGAGACCACCAACAGGAGAAAACUGCUAAGCAAUUGGAAAAAGAAGCAAAGAAAGCGGCUAAAUUAGAAAAGUUAAAAGCUAAGUUGGACAAGAAAAGUACUGUACCAGCUGUUCAAAAAGAUAAGCCAGAGAAAAAAGCCAAAGAGACUAAAGAGAGUGCAGUGUAUUCUGCUAAAACAGCACCUGGGGAAAAAAAAGAUAUCAGUGGGCCAAUGCCUGAUGCUUACAGCCCACAGUAUGUUGAAGCAGCUUGGUAUUCAUGGUGGGAAAAUCAAGGUUUCUUCAAACCUGAAUAUGGAAGAAAAUCUAUAUUAGAGCCUAACCCUAAGGGCAAAUUUGUGAUGGUGAUCCCACCGCCCAAUGUCACUGGUACUUUACAUCUUGGGCAUGCACUCACCAAUGCAGUUGAGGAUGCUAUUACCAGGUGGCACAGGAUGAAUGGCAGAACUACUCUAUGGAAUCCAGGUUGUGAUCAUGCAGGUAUUGCGACCCAAGUGGUAGUGGAGAAAAAGGUUUGGAGGGAAGAGAAGAAAACCAGGCAUGAUCUCGGUAGAGAAGAGUUCAUUAAACGCGUGUGGGAUUGGAAGAAUGAAAAAGGAGAUCGUAUCUACUCCCAGCUCCGAUCUUUAGGCUCGUCUUUUGACUGGUCGCGAGUUCGAUUCACAAUGGAUCCGUCGAUGUGUCGCGCUGUGAACGAGGCCUUCAUACGCCUCCACGACGCCGGCGAUAUUUACCGAGCGAACCGCUUAGUUAACUGGUCUUGCACACUAAAGAGUGCUAUCUCAGAUAUUGAAGUGGAUAAGAUGGAGUUGACGGGUAGGACUAUGUUAGCUAUACCUGGUUAUGAACAAAAGGUCGAAUUUGGUGUUUUGGUGCUGUUUGCAUAUAAAGCAGAGGGUACAGAGGAAGAGGUGGUUGUGGCCACUACUCGUGUAGAGACCAUGCUGGGGGACGUGGCUGUUGCUGUUCAUCCCGAGGAUACUAGGUAUAAGCAUUUAAUCGGGAAAAAUUUGGUGCAUCCGAUUCUGAAAAGGAAGUUGCCAGUCAUCGCUGACGAAUAUGUGGAUAUGAACUUUGGGACAGGUGCGGUUAAAAUAACGCCGGCUCACGACCCUAACGACUACGAGAUCGGGAAACGGCAUAACCUGCCCUUCAUCACGAUCUUUGAUGACGAGGGCAACAUGCUGGAUAACUGCGGACCCUUCUCUGGCAAGAAACGUUUCCACGUGCGCCGCGAGAUCAUCAAAACGCUAGAACAGUUGAAGCUGUAUAAAGAGACGAAGGAUCACGCGAUGGUGGUUCCGCUCUGCAGCCGCUCUAAAGACGUUGUCGAGCCGAUGUUGAAACCGCAAUGGUAUAUAAAGUGCGAUACGAUGGCCGCGGAGGCUAUCAAGGCUGUGAAGACGGGCGAGUUGAAGAUAAUACCGGAUGUUCACGAGAAGAUCUGGUACCACUGGAUGGAGAACAUUCGCGACUGGUGCAUUUCGAGGCAGCUGUGGUGGGGACACCGCAUCCCGGCAUACAGAGUCACAUUGCCCGCAGCUGAGUCGCAGGGCGAAGUCCAAGUGAACACUUUGUCGCGACGACGUCGCACGCGCUCCGGACGCAAGAAGAGCCGCGCGAAACCGCGUAGGCCUCCGCCCCAAAACACCACUCGCAAAGAAGAAGAACUAUGGGUCGCUGCUCAUUCAGAGGAAGAGGCGCUCGCAAAGGCAUCGGCCAAGUUCGGAGUGUCGAGUGAACAAAUAACUUUGAAGAGGGACGAAGAUGUGUUGGACACUUGGUUCUCCUCUGGUCUAUUUCCCUUCUCGAUAUUCGGAUGGCCGGAUCAGACGGAUGACUUAAAGGCUUUUUACCCAGGAUCAUUAUUGGAGACCGGUCACGACAUUCUAUUCUUUUGGGUGGCGAGGAUGGUUUUCUUCGGGCAACGACUGCUCGGAAAGCUGCCUUUUAAGGAAGUAUACCUUCACCCGAUGGUACGCGACGCUCACGGCCGCAAGAUGUCCAAGUCCUUGGGCAACGUGAUCGACCCGGUGGAUGUUGUGCGAGGAGUCACCCUGGAACAGCUUCACGCACAGCUCCUGGAAUCGAACCUCGACCCCAAGGAGGUGGAGAAGGCCAAGCAGGGACAGAAGCAAGAUUACCCCAACGGUAUACCGGAGUGCGGCACUGACGCGUUGAGGUUUGCGCUGUGUGCAAUGACGCAAGGGCGCGACUUGAACCUUGACAUCCUGCGGGUGCAGGGUUACAGAUUCUUCUGCAACAAACUCUGGAACGCCACCAAGUUCGCGCUCAUGUACUUCCCCAAGGACACCACGUUUAAGGUGCACACACCUAGUCUUCCAGCUCUGUUCCCAAUGGACCAGUGGAUGCUGUCGCGUUUGUCGUUAGCAGUGCAGAAGGUGAACGCCGGCUUCCGGAACUACGACUUCCCGUCCGCCACCACGCAUUGUUAUAAUCUGUGGCUUUACGACCUGUGCGACGUUUAUUUGGAGUAUCUCAAGCCCGUUUUCGCCGCUGGCACUGACUCCGAGAAAGAAGCAGCUAGAAGGACUCUGUACACCACGUUGGAGUACGGGCUGAAGCUGCUUAGCCCGUUCAUGCCUUUCGUUACCGAGGAGUUGUAUCAACGGCUGCCCAGAGCUGAUACUUCGUGUCCGUCCAUAUGUGUAGCCAGUUACCCUACUGAAUCGGACACUCCCUGGCGCUCAGAGCAACUGGAGUCCGAUGUUGAAACAGUUUUAAAAAUGGUGCACCUCAUCCGUUCCACUCGUUCUGAAUACAAUUUAACCAACAAGCAGAAGACGACAGCACAUCUGAUCAUUUCCCCAGAGCUCAAAGUGGAGGAAUUAAGGAGUCUGUUUAGAAGUCUGCAAUCUCUUGCUAACACUGAAUUAAGUGAUGAACAACCACCAAUUGGAUGUUCCAUUCUUACAGUGUCUGAUAAAAUCGAAGUGCAUUUGGUGUUGAAGGGCCUUAUCGACCCCCAAAAAGAGAUUGCCAAGAUUGAAAAGAAGAAAGAAGCACUAUCACAAACCAUAAGCAAGUUGCAACAAGCAAUGACGGCAGAAGACUAUACAGUCAAAGUGCCCACUGAAGUUCAGAAAAGUAACACCGAAAAACUUUCACAAUCUCAAGGCGAGUUAGAGCGGCUAAAUAAAGCCGUGGAAACUCUUAAACUAAUGUAA